GAGCAUUACGUCACAGUCAAACUAAACCUUGACAAUUAUUUAUAAAAACCAUCAACAUUAAAUACACAAUCAAAUACUCGACUCACUACUAUUUUUUUCACCGGCUCCACUCCACUGAUUCCCGUGCUACGAUGAUCGCAGAACCAUUCAAUUCAAAUUCUCAAUCUCUACAAACUACCAACUGAUCAUCAUCAUCAUCAUCAACACUAACGUGAGUCUAACCAAUUAAUAAUGUCUAUAAAAAUUAAUUGACAGUGAAAUAUUAUCAGCGAAAUCUCCUACGUAAAUUUUUUUACUCAGUUAUCAAAAAUGUUGAACAUAAUUUACGGAAUUUUAUUAAUUUACUUGUUUAAUAUCGAAGCCGCAACGAUUCCUGGUAAAGUUCCCGUCAGCAAUAGCACCAGUGUAAAAAAUAAUAACCCAUUGAUUAUAAAUUUGAUUAAAAAUGAUUCCAAUCUCUGCCCGACAUCAUCAAUAAUCAAGAACUCCAAGUACACGAAUGAAAUCUGUUCGAAUUUAACCGUACCCUCGUCCUUGGAAGGGAACAUAACCAUCGAGAAUGUAAACCAGUAUCUGUGUCUAGCUCUGAUAGACCGGUCAGUAAAAUUGUGCCGCUCAAACAGUUUGGCAACGAAGCACACAGACCAGGUACCAGUUCCUACUCAAGCAGAGUUUGAUACCCAGGUCAGUAAUUACUUGAAAAAUGAACCAAGCUUCGAAUAUUUCAUAAAGGUUUGCCAUUACUGGGGUAGCAAUGACACCUUCAGGUAUGAUGUUACUAAAACAUACGUUGAUAAGUUGUCCCUGGUGAUGAGGAAGGAUGUUCAAUGCUCGAACCUCUGUGUUGUUGACAAAGCCAGUAAAUUUAAUGCUCUUUGUGUUAUGGUUCGCUUGGUUGAUAAGCUGAUUGAUGAUAAUCAUCAUCGUAGUCAAGGAAAUUCUGGGUUAGAGAAGCAGGAAAGUGGAGAAAUUAAAGCUCAGGUUGCAAAGCUAGAUGUUAAAGGAGGUAGUGGAUCAACUAUAAGUGAUCCGAAGGUAGAGGUUGCUAAGGAAGCUGUGAAAAAUGAAGGAAUUAAUGGAGAACAUGGAGCUGGAAAAGACCAUGGUCUGGAAAAUGGAGAUCAUGAACCUGGAAAAGAUCAUGGUCCAGAAAAAGAAGACCAUGGUCCAAAAAAGGAAGAUCAUGGUCCAGAAAAAGAAGACCAUGGUCCAGAAAAAGAAGAUCAUGGUACAGGAAAUGGAGAUCAUGGUACAGGAAAUGUUGAAGAACAUGAUAUAGUAAAUAGCGAUAAGAAGACUGAAAAAAUAGAAGAAUCGGUUGAUAAAAAUCCUGAUAAUGGAAUUAAAAAAGAAAGUGAUAAAGUUGAAGAUAAAGAAUCAGCUAUAGUUGAAAAAACUAGUGUUUUAGAUCAAAUUCCUAUUGAUACUAAUGAAGAAACUUUUUCAUCUGAUGACAAUCUAAUGCCUACUGAUCCUGACCCAGCGAACGACGAUGGAGACGAUCUAGAUACCGACACGAUGGCUAAGGAAACCAAGCAGAGUGACAAAGAAACUGUGGAAACGGUACCGAGAUUGAGCAACAUGCCCAAGGACGAUGACGACUCACAUUUCUUUGGGUACUUUACGAUACUGGGACUCAUUUGUGGAAUGGGUGGAUGCCUCCUUUAUCACCAUAAACAAAAGAUUUUAGCAAUUUUAUUAGAAGGAAGAAGAUCACGUGGUGGUAGAGGAAGAAGAAGACCAAGUACUGCUAGUUAUCGUAAGCUUGAUUGUACAUUAGAAGAAGCUGUUACCUCUCAAUGCAACUCAAACGUCACGAAUGUUAUUUAUUAAGUAGACUAAUUAAUUAGUUUAAUUUAAAAAAAAAAAUUUUAUUCA